AAAGAUAAAGAAAGUAGAGAGACAGAGAGUGGAGGGGAUAUGGAGGCCCUGGUAGGUGGUGGGAGGAUGGUUAGUGGCUGCUCUGUUGGGGAAGGUUUGUGCAUGGAAAGAUGCGCCGGAGGUGCGCAGGACAACGCGAUAAUCAACCGGAUAAUGCUGAGAUUCCGGCCGAUUGCGCCCAAGCCGGCCGCCGGCGGAUCUUCCUCCGGUGGGUCGACGUCGGAGAACCGGAACGUCGUGGUUGCGAGAGGAAGAGGGAAGAGAAAGUACGUUAGGGUUAGGAAAUAUAACCGGUGUAGGAGAAAGAAACGAACCGCUGAGGAAGAGAUAAGAGAUGGGUUGGAGAAGACGGUCCAGACGCUGCAACUGCUUCCGGAGAAAGCCGACGGGAGUGACUCGCCGGCUGGAGCGUCGUGGUGUAACCUCGAGCGCUCGGAGACAACAAAGCCGAUUCGAGAAACGCCACCCUUCUGGCUCACCUUCAACGGUGAGAACACGUGGUCUGCUCUUGAUCGGGGCGUGGUGAGGGAGGCGACGAUGAUCGUGGUGGAGUCGUGGGUGACGGUGGAAUGCGUGAGGAGCGCAUGCAUGGAAGGAGGGGGGCUGGGGAGUACGGACUUGGAGAGAAGAAAGAAUCUGGAGGGGGACACCUGUCCGGGGCUGAUAUCGGACGGUCUAAACAGAGUGGAGUGGGUGAACGACGCGUACAAGAGGAUGGUGAGCCAGGAGAUUAGCAACGGGCGGUGGCCGGAGUGUUGGGUAUGGUUGGUGGCGAAGGAGAAGCUGCCGUACAUGUACCCGGCGUUUACGUGCAGAGUGAGGCUACAGUACACGUUUGGGAAGGAGAAGCACUCGCAGACGGUGCCGUGCGACGCCUGGAGAAUGGACCGUGGAGGCUUUGCAUGGAGGCUCGACGUCAAAGCUGCGUUGAGUUUAGGUCGCUGAAGGGGGUUUCAGAAAGCAGACGGAAAGCUGAGCGCUACAACAGUAAUAUCAGGGUAUGUCAGAACAUUCCCACCUCAAAAACAUGAAAUUUGGAACACUACGAUUACCAAAUGUUGAAGACUAUGUAGGUAAAACAAAGAUAUCCGCGUUGAAGAGGAUAGUUAAUAUGCAAGGGUAGGAAAGCCAAGCGCCACACGGCAGCACAUUAUCCAGAUGAAAGACAUCGUAUCCUACAUGCCUAUGCAAGUCAAAUGUCAAUCGUGUCCAUCACUAUAUGUCAUGUACAUAUAUGUAUGGUGACAUGCCCUAUGGGUCUAUUAUGCCUCUUUUUGGGCGAGCACGAUGCCACAAUCAGCCGUCUGAGUUUUAACUUUUAACGUCAACCUUUUUCACCAUCUGCUGUUUGAGCUUGAUGGGUCUGCGUCAAAUCCUUCUUUGUCGCAUGCAUUAUGGGGGAAGAGAUGUAUAUAAAGGAAAAAUGCUACCUUAACUAACAACCUCAAUAUAUCCCGGCCAUGUCAAAAAAUAAGACACAGGUAUGGUAGAAGGUGUACAUGUGAUGUCUUUUGGAUAUCUAUCGCAGAGGUUGGGUGCUAUAGGCGGUCCAUGUUCCAUGUAUAAAUAGAUAGGUACUAGUGAAUAAAGUAAAAUUUCAAAUAGGAAUCCCCCCAUUCCCUAAGUUAUUGGAUGUCUCAAUCUAAACUCUACUGCAACCCUCUGUAACUGACUGAAUAAGGCCUUGAUAUUUAUUUUCCUUUAA